UGAUUCGGUUUGAGUCCAAGACUAGCAGGUGAAAAUUCCUAAAUCAGCUGGAGGUAGCUAUUUUGUUUGCUUUUUAUUAUGGAAAACGUACGAAAAGAAUUGACGAAAAGAAUCGUAAACGAAUGUAAAGCAAAAGGGGCAUCAAUAACUAAGGAUUUUGCUUCGUUUUUGCUUUCUCUUUAUCAAUUAAAUCCAGCGUACAGAAUAAAAGAAAACGACGAGGAAAAUGCCAAAGUAAUUCAAGCUGUAACGGAGAGGCUAUGUGACCAAAGCCGAUCCAGUCUUGUAACUUUGAAAAAUCAGCUAUACUUUGCUAAGCAUUAUCAUGACAGAGACGAAACUGUCAAAAGGCAUCGAUUACGACUACACCAGAAAACUGCACCUUUAGUCGCCGAAAUUUGUGAAAGUAAUAAACUGGAGAGUGGAAAGGAUACGGAAAAACUGUAUCAGAAAAUAUUAGCAGUAAUAACGCUUCUGAGCGGUCUGGGAAGUCCCACAGUCCCAUCAAUUCUGAGGGAAGUUUCAGUAGCGUUGCAGAGCGUCUUCCAGGCUUCCGAGCUGGCUCAUUACGUAACUUUGCCUAAACGAGAGAAAGAGGAGCAGUUGAUGGAGUUAAUGUGUCUAGUCGCAGGGAUCCGUUUAUUUAAUAGAGAUUGUCAACGCGGUGGCGAGGGGAUCGACGAUCUGCCGAGCAUUCUACAAGAAGCUCUAAUGAAGACCCGCAACUCUAUUCUUGAGCUGUUAGAGCCGUUAAUGGCCAAGAUAUAUAAGUUCACGGCUGCCGUGGAAAAUGCAGUCACAUGCAUGUCAAUCGAUGUUUCGGACGCUGCAUGUUGCAGUUCAAAGGAAGCGGCAUCCGACGCGGAAGAAAAAAUUGAGUGGAUCAUCGAAAUGUUAACGGCUAGUCGUCAGCAAGAGAUCUACAUCAGAAAGCUGCUGAGUGAUGUGGAGCGCAGUGAGAACGCAGUGAAGGACUUGAUGGAACGUCUUCAAGCACGACUCUUUAAACUUCAUGAUACUGUUCGAUACAGAACGGCUAUCCCUACUACUCAAGUCUACCCGCAAUUUAUUGAUCUGGCGGAUAUAUGGAUGGGUUUGCAAGAUGAAGUGAUCACUCUGAGUAGCAUCAACAACUUCCUAUGGGAGUUACAAAGUUUGAGCAAUAAGACUGUGAAUAUUUACGAUCAAACAAAGUUAGAAAAUAUAGCCGAAAAUGUGGAGAUUUUAACCGAUGCUGAAAGAUUGGAACGUUCCAUGGGCAAUUUAAUAACGGAGUGUGGAGAGUGCUUGAUAUAUUAUCCAAAUGUCACUAAAGAUUUUGAGAAGAUUAACUUAGAGUUUCUAGGAUUUUGCGCGUGGACAUUUGCGACGGGCAAAGGCGCCCUUAUACCAGGAAAUCCGAAUAACGGUGUGGCGAAAUGGAGAGGAAAACAUUACGCCUUUAAAUCACCCGAAGUAGCCGUUAAAUUCGGAAAAAAUCCCGACAGGUAUAUUUACGACGCGCUCAAUUUCGUCCGCAAUCAUGCGGAAUACAUCCACUUGUUUCAAUUACAUGAGGAAAUUGAAGCUAUGCAAAGUCAAGAAGAAUUAACGGAAAAAGGAUUGCGACUGAAGACUCGUCAUGAUCAAAAGGUUCAAACAGACGUCCAUAUACUUCCGCCCUACAUUGAUAAAUAUUAUACUUCCAGCGUUUGGGAGUUGAAGCGUAGAGCUUUACGCCUGGCAAAUAUAAGUCGAUGUACUACGCGCAGUACGCAAACGUUUAAUUCGCAUUUUCGAUAUGGUGUUUACGUGCAAGCAGCUCCGCCACAGGAUAAGGAAGUUCAAACCAGAAGAGAUAACUAUACAAACACUAAGAAACUCCUGACGUUCAUGUUUGGAUUACGAGGAAGGCGAGAUGACAAUCAGCACAUUGUAUCAUUCUUGGAAGACGAACUUGAACAUUUAUAAAAUUUCGUCUCUGAAAUAAUUACGUAA